AUGUCUGCGCGACAAACCCGACGACAGGCAGCUCUGGCUGCUGCGAACGAGACACCCACCAAGUCCACAUCACCAGCGACGACGUUCCAAUCCCCUGACAUUGGCGCCGGCAAUGGUGCCGCUGGCGAGCCUGCAGCAGCCUCCGCGGCUCCAGCAGAGAACAUUUUCCUCUUCUGGCCCAACAUUAUAGGUUACGCAAGAAUCGUACUCGGAGUUGCUUCACUGUACUACAUGCCACUGCACCCCCGAACCUGCUCCAUUCUCUACAGCAUCUCAUGCCUGCUCGACGCCCUCGAUGGCUACGCUGCCCGGUACUUUGAGCAAUCGACCAGAUUCGGCGCGGUCUUAGACAUGGUAACCGACCGAUGUAGCACCUCUUGUUUGCUGGUCUUCCUAUCCUCAGCUUUUCCUCGAUGGGCCAUCAUCUUCCAGGGCCUGAUCUCGCUUGAUCUGGCCAGUCAUUAUAUCCACAUGUAUGCCACCUUGGCCAUGGGCGGUUCGAACCAGAGCCACAAGUCUGUCGAUAAGUCGAGAAGCUGGCUGUUGAACCUGUACUAUACCAACAAGACCGUUCUCUUCGUUGCCUGCGCCGCCAAUGAGCUCUUUUUCAUCGGCCUCUAUCUGCUCUCCUUCUCUUCGCCCCUACUAUCGCCGCAAUUGCUACAGACUGUUGGCGAGGCGAAAGCUGCAGCUAUUCAGAGCGGAGCUCAAGUUAACAGCUCGAUCGUUCGCCAGCUUUUCACCAACCCGUACAGCGCAGGUGCCCUGGAGAUGGCCCGUGCCAACAAGAUGGACUCGUUCUGGCCCUGGGUGCUCACUGGUGUCAGCUUCCCUAUCAUGGCCUUCAAGCAGUUCACCAACGUCGUCCAAUUAAUCAAGGCCAGUAAGUGGCUUGCUGAGGGCGAUGUCGCUGCAAGGAAGGCGGCCGGCUUGCCUAAGCCAAAGCCCGCCGGUAAGGAGUUGUAA